AUGGCUAAGUCUAGAUUUGAAUACGUCAGAGAAUUUGAGAACCAUGAAAGGCUGCUACCCGAAUGUUAUAUAGUGGUGAGGAUAGACGGGAAGAAGUUCCACGAGUUUUCAAAGUUUUAUGAAUUUGAAAAACCCAAUGAUUUAAAUGCUCUCAAGUUGAUGAACGCUAGCGCGAAGAAUGUGGUCCUACACUAUAAAAAUGACAUUAUUUUGGCAUACGGUGAAAGCGAUGAGUACUCCUUUAUUUUGAGACAGAACAGCACGCUUUACAACAGGCGAACUGACAAAAUUUCAACUCUUUUCGUCUCGCUGUUUACCUCGAAUUACGUUGCUUUAUGGACCAAGUACUUUCCUCAGAAAGGAUUGGACAUCAAACACCUACCGUUCUUUGAUUCAAGAUGCGUUACGUACCCAAAUUUGAAAGCGAUAAAGGACUAUUUAAGCUGGAGGUUCGUGGACACACAUAUAAACAAUUUGUACAAUACAGCAUUUUGGAUGUUGAUAAAAAAAUGCGAUUUAACCACGGAAGGUGCUGAGGAGAGAUUAAGAGGAACUUUAAGUAAAGAAAAGCACGAAAUACUUUUUUCUGAAUGUGGCAUUAAUUAUAAUGAUGAACCGGAAAUGUACAAAAAAGGGUCCUUGAUUACAAGGAAAGGUGAAAUUCUUCACGAAGAUGUAAUUAAACAGAUAGAGCACUUUUUUGAGGGAUUUUAG